CCGGGGCCGGACCGGGCGCCGAACCGGCCCCCCCCAUACACACACACACACAGCCCCCCCCCCCCCCCCGCCCCGCCGCCGCCCCCCACUCCCCUUCCCGCCCCGGGAAUCCUCCGGUACCGACCCCCGCCGGUCCAUGCCCCAUCGCGGGGGGGACCCGCCGUUUCCCAGCGCUCCGGGAGCCGCCGGGAGCGGCGUUACCGGGACGGAGACGGCGGAGGAGGAGGCGGCGGCUGCGGGCGGCCCCGGACCGGAGCUGAGCGGCCGCGCCCGCCGCACAAAGCCGUAGGCUCGGUUCAAACCUCCCCCCCCCCCCCCCUUACCGGGGGGGGCCCCUUUGUGGCGGCGGGGCCGGGCCCGGGCCCCGGGAGGAACCAUGCCCAGGUCGUUCCUGGUGAAGAAGGUGAAGAUCGAUGACUUCCCCGCCGGCCUCGACGCCCCGUACGGCAGGACCCGGCCGGAUUUCGGCUCCCGGUUACACGACAAGGCAGGGUACAUCGGCGAGUACAUGGCGCCGUCGGCGUACGAGGGGGACGGCGAGGCCGCGCUCAAGGUGCCGUCGCCGGACGCCAUCUACCCCGGCGCCCGGGGGGACUACGGGGCGGGGGACUCGGAGCCGCCCGACAGCCCCCACUCGGGCAUGGCGGGGGGUUACAUCAACGGCGACGCGGCGGUGAGCGAAGGUUACGCCGUCGACGCCUUCUUCAUCACCGACGGCAGGUCGAGGCGCAAGGCGGCGAGCGGGACGCGCAACCUGCAGCGCCAUACGUGCGGGGAGUGCGGCAAAACCUACGCCACCUCCUCCAACCUCAGCCGGCACAAGCAGACGCACCGCAGCCUGGACAGCAAGAUGGCCAAGAAGUGUCCCACCUGCGGGAAGGUCUACGUCUCCAUGCCGGCCAUGGCCAUGCACCUCCUCACCCACGACCUGAAGCACAAGUGCGAGGUGUGCGGCAAAGCCUUCAGCCGACCCUGGCUGCUGCAGGGCCACAUGCGCUCGCACACCGGGGAGAAACCCUUCGGCUGCGCCCACUGCGGCAAAGCCUUCGCCGACCGCUCCAACCUGCGCGCCCACAUGCAGACCCACUCCGCCUUCAAGCACUUCAAGUGCAAGCGCUGCAGCAAGACCUUCGCCCUCAAGUCCUAUCUCAACAAACACUACGAGUCCGCCUGCUUCAAGGGAGCCGGGCCCCCCCUCAGCCCCCUGCGCACCUAACGGGGUCACGCGCGCACCCCCCCAAACGCCGCCCGACGACGCGGGG